AUGGCGUUCCAGCAACCUGCGCGCCAGGCCACUCAACGAGUCUUUCGGCCUACUCCAGAAGAUGAAGAAUCGCCCCAUAUUCCUCAGCCGACCCCUCAGGCUGUUGAAGACUCACAGACCUGGGUUCUCUUCUCACCCGCAACCGAUGCUGCUACCUCCACGUCCUACUUAACUUCAACCCACAAGACCAAUACUACCCCAGGCCGGUCGCGCGUGAGCGAGAUUGGAAGUUUUGGCACGGUUGCGCAAUCAAAUGCUAGCGCCGACCGACAACAAACCGCAAGCCUUGUCGAUGCAGCGGAGGGAGAUGACGAAGAUGAUGCCGAGCUAGACAGUUUAGAUAGUCAUCUCCCCGAAUUCCGCUCUACUCCUAUCUUUUACGGUCCAUCGCAUGGCAUCCCCUUUGCGACACCGGUUGUUCCUGCCCAUGAUGGCCUUGGUUCGUUCCGCUUGGAGCAGGAAGGCAUGGGUACCGACGUACAAGAUCGGCUCUACGCAUUCGAACAGUACAACCCUCGCCGAAUAAGGAGACGAGAAAGCUUAGAUUUAGCUCAGGCCGAACUCGAGAAUGAAAGAAUCCAGGAAUUGGACAAACGACAGAGAAUAGAGAACUGGCGAUUAGAGCAAAGUCGCUAUCUCUUGGAAGAAAUUCAAAAAGAAACCCGUAGAAGACGACGAUCUCUCGCCAGCACAGUGCCUAAUCCAGUAGAACAGAAGGCUGAAGAUUUAGCCUCUUUGAGCGGAAUAGGUGACAUGUCCAAGGACGAAGCAGAUCAAUCCCAAACAUGGCACGAUCACGACGAAAACGAGCUAGAGGGAGAGAGCAUAUGGGGUCGGAUCACCCGAAAAGUCAUUCGUGACCUUAUGGGAAUUGACGAUAAGCUACUCUCUGUACUGUUCGGCGAAGAACUACCGGACGAAGAGGAUUUGUCAACAACGCCGAAGGUAUCGGCGAUGCCGACGUCGCAGCAGACAGAUGCUGUUAUGGAGGACGCAGCGGGUUCUGGAUGGCAACUUAAGAUGCUGGAACGAGUAGCUAAGGAGCUCGGCUCACUCAUACAUCGGCUUUCCGAGCAUCCUGGAGCCUUCUCGACCUUUAGCCGAGUACAGCAGAUGCCUCUUCCGUAUGCUGGUCUGCCGUCUAUACCCGAAGGUGUAAACGACACUUCAGUCAGUGCGAAGUUAAACGAAUCCCAUUUUACCAUGCCCGAAUUCCAACCAACAAUACGUACACAACCCCAGCCUAAAGCACUUGAUAUCCCUAGUGCCGGUCACCCAGUCAAACCAGGCCAAGCAAACCCGCACGCGCAGUUAGAAAAUUCCGGGGGUGAUUUUACGCAGGACGAGUGGGAACAGGAGCUUGAUGUAAGGCUAGUAUUCCGGUACCUUCGGUCGCGUUUCAUGUCACGAUCAAGUAGCAGCGGUGGGGCGCCUGGGAAUACCAGUCUCGCCUCAUCAAGUAUGCAAGAUGCUGCUGCUAAGGCAGCGCGAGUACGGCAACACCAUCCGCUAAUGUCAAGGCCGCGCACUGUGGAAAGGCGUAGAUCCAAGGCGACAGUACCUUCGAGUCCCGUAUUAUUUAAGCACGCUUCUAGCUGCGCUAGCCAAAGCACGCGAAGAUCAGUAAGAAAGAGCAGUUGCUCAUCUUCGCGCCAUUAUUGGGAUAUCGGUGGUUCUGUCGGAACAGGAUCGAUCAUUGCCGCAGCAACUGGGCCUAUGGGAAGUUGGGGCGAGGUUUAA